UGGCACGAGAUUAUUGGACAUCGUUGAGCAAGGGAUCAAGUGCAGUGCAGCCGACCCAGAAAAAAACCCCCCCGCGGUAUAAAACCUUCCCUUCGCUAUCUCACACACUAAUCACCAAUAGCUGUUACAGGUCAAGGGGAACUAAUGGCAUCCAAGCUACUUCAACUGCAAUCAAAGGCUGUUCAGGCCUCACAAUUCGUGGCCAAGCAUGGUACUGCAUACUACAAGCAGCUAUUAGAACAGAACCAGCAGUACAUCCAGGACCCAGCCACUGUUGAGACAUGCGAUCUUUUGUCGAAGCAGUUGUUUCACACACGGCUUGCGAGUAUUCCCGGGCGUUAUGAAGCAUUCUGGAAGGAGGUUGAUUAUGUCAAGCAUUUGUGGAAAAACAGGAAGGAGCUCAGGGUUGAGGAUGCUGGCAUUGCUACACUUUUUGGAUUGGAGUGCUUUGUUUGGUUUUGUGCUGGUGAAAUUAUUGGUCGAGGAUUCACAAUCACUGGCUACCAUGUUUGAGUGCUGCAAUAGGAUUAUCUGCGUUUAGAGUUGAACUGAUAAAGUUUCAAUUAUUUUUCUUCCUUUUAUUUUCAAUCGACCACAACAUACAUGACUAGAAAUUUUUUUUGGCAUAAAUUUGCAACCAAAUUAGGAGCAAUUCGUUUUGCAAAUAAUCUUUUCUUUUGUGGCUGGUUCUGAUA